AACCUGAACUUCCGGACAGAAGUUUUCAAACAACAAUAGCUAGCCAGCUAGCCGUUACACAUUUCUUUUGCUCAGGGAUCUACGGGAAAUUGGGGUAUUUUUGGCUAGUGGGCUAGUCUGUUAUUAAACAGCCAGCGAUGUCAGCCAGCUCCAAGAGGAGAAGAGCCACUUCACCCUCCAGCAGCAUCAGUGGUGGGGGGGACCUGGAUGAUACCUCCUCCUCUACACCUGGUAGUGGCAGGAAAAGAAGACGAACCUCCAAUGUUGCUCCUGUAGAUACGAUUGCUGUAUGCCAUGAGCUAUUCAAUGCUGUCAGGGAUCACAAGGAUGACCGGGGGAGGCAACUUUGUGAUGUUUUCCUGAGGGUACCAAAGAGAAGGAAUCAGCCUGAUUAUUAUGAAGUGGUGUCUCAGCCAAUUGAUAUGACAAAAAUUCAAGCUAAACUGAAGUCUGAAGAUUAUAAUGAUGUGGAGCAGCUUACAGCAGAUUUCCGGCUCAUGUUCAACAAUGCAAAAUCAUUCUACAAGCGUGACAAUGAGGAGUAUCAGUCUGCAUGCAAGUUGUGGGAGGUAUACUUGCAAACAAGGAAUGAUUUUCUGCAAAAUGGGGACGGAGAUGAGGAUGAUGAAGAUGGUGAUGAAAUGAUGGAUACUCCAGGAAUGUCAACUGAGGAAGAGACUCCAACUGGCAAUUUGAAGGAAGUGUUGGAGCAACUCUUGGAGGCAAUAGUGUCCCACGCUGAUCCCUCGGGGCGUAUGGUCAGUGAACUGUUCCAGAAAUUGCCUUCCAAAGUGCAUUACCCAGACUACUAUGCUGUCAUAAAGGAGCCAAUAGAUCUGAGAACCAUCACUCAAAGAAUACAGAUUGGAUACUAUAAAAGCAUCAAUGCAAUGGCCAAGGACAUUGACCUGAUGGCCAAAAAUGCCAAAAUGUACAAUGAACCAGGAUCUCAGGUUUUUAAGGAUGCUAAUACCAUAAAGAAAGUCUUCAUCCAGCGGAAGACUGAUCUUGAACACGCAGAACCCACUAAAACUAGUCUGCGCAUCAGAAAUCGCAGGUCGGGCCAGGGGGAUCGACUGUCUGGCGUCAGCGUAGCUCUAAACUAUGGCUCAGAGAGUGAGGACGACCCUGUGCUCUCUGGGUCAGUGUGCUACGACGAGGGAGAGUCAGAGGCUGAGAGUCAGAGUUCUAGUAUGGAGAUGAGCAACCCGAUCUUCCAGCUGUAUGAAGCUGUGAGGGGUGCCAGGAACAGCCAGGGCCAGGUCUUCUCUGAACCUUUCCAGCACCUUCCCUCUCGCAAGGAAUAUCCCGACUACUUUACGCAGAUCAAACAGCCAGUCGCUCUGCAGCAGAUCCGACUAAAGAUGAAGAACUGCGAGUAUGAAAAUGUGGAUCAGAUGGACGCUGACCUCAAUCUGAUGUUUGAGAAUGCAAAGCGCUACAACAUGCCUAACUCGAGCAUUUACAAACGGGCCUUUAGGCUUCAGCAGAUCUUGCAGGCGAAAAAGAGGGAACUCCUGAGGAGAGACGAUGAGGAUGGAGACAGCAUUCUGUCAUCUGAUGCAGGGAGCGUCAAGAGAAAAAGCCACAAGAAAAAUGUGAAAAAGAACCGAAUGAAAGCCCUAUAUGCUGCAGUGACUGAGGCUCGGGAAGCGGGUACCAACCGCCGUCUUUGUGAUCUGUUCAUGGUCAAACCAUCAAAGAAGGACUACCCUGACUACUAUAAAGUCAUCCUGGAACCCAUGGACCUGAAGACCAUUGAGCAUAACGUCCGCAGUGAGCGCUAUGCGUCCGAGGAAGCUCUGAUGGAGGAAAUGAGGUUGAUGUUCCGAAAUGCCCGGCAUUACAAUGAGGAGGGAUCUCAGGUGUACAAUGACGCUGAUGUUCUGGAGAAGAUACUGAAGGACAAGCGUAAAGAGUUGGGACCUCUGCCAGAAGAAGAAGAUGUGGGUUCUCCCAAACUGAAACUGAGAAAAAGUGGUGUUUCCCCAAAGAAAUCCAAAUACCUCACCCCUCUCCAGCAGAGGUUAAAUGAGCUCUAUGAUGCUGUGCGCAACUUCACUGACCGCAGAGGUCGCCGUCUCAGCACCAUCUUCCUGCGUCUGCCAUCUCGUGCCGAGCUGCCUGACUACUAUGCUACCAUCAAGAGACCCCUCGAUAUGGAGCGCCUACGAAGCCAUAUUACCGGCGGCCGUUACCAAGACGUUGAUGCCUUGGUGGAGGACUUUUCUCUCAUGUUCAACAAUGCCUGCAUUUACAAUGAGCCGGAGUCUCUGAUCUAUCGCGAUGCGCUGGUGUUGCAUCGGGUGCUGCUAGAGACACGCAAACAGCAGGAGGGAGGCGACGACUCCUUGCCUUCUGAGGUGGGUCCUCUGGUGCGAGAGCUGAUCAGGAACCUGUUUGUGUCCAUGAUGGGCCACCAGGAUGAAGAGGGCCGAUGCUACAGCGACUCUCUGGCUGAGAUCCCCGCUGUAGAUCCUGCAGCCCCUGAGAAACCACCGCUUAACUUUGAUGUCAUCAGGAUGAACGUGGACCGAGCCCGCUACAGCAGACUGGACGUCUUUCAGGAACACAUGUUCGAAGUGCUUGAGAAAGCAAGGAGGCUACACAGGACUGACUCUGAGAUUUUUGAGGAUGCAGUGGAACUUCAACAGUUUUUCAUUAAGAUCAGGGAUGAGCUAUGCAAGAACGGAGAGAUUCUGCUCUCCACUUCGCUGAACUACACUUCAAAACACCUGCACAACGACGUGGAUCAGGAAAAGAGGGAGAAAAUCCCCAAAGAGCUUGAAGAGGACAAGCUAAAGGAAGAGGAGGACGAAAACAAAGAGGGUAAAAAAGCAGAGGACCUCCCUGGAGAGAAGUGGCAGUCGGAGUCUGAGACGGAGCGUGUGUACAGUCAGGACUGCAGCUUUGAGAACAGCACCUACCAUGUUGGGGACUUUGUGUAUGUGGAGCCGUCUGAGCCCAAACUCAAGCCGCACAUCGUCUGUAUUGAACGCCUGUGGGAGGAUGAAUCAGGGGGGAAGUGGCUCCAUGGCUGCUGGUUCUACAGGCCAAGUGAAACCUUUCACCUGGCAACUCGCAAGUUUCUGGAGAAGGAAGUCUUCAAGAGCGACUACUACAACAAAGUGUCCAUCAGUAAAGUUCUGGGCAAAUGUGUUGUCCUGUUUGUGAAGGAUUAUUUCAAAAUGCAAGCUGAGGGCUUUAGAGCUGAGGAUGUGUACAUCUGCGAGUCCCGUUACGCUGCCAGGAACAAAUCGUUCAAGAAGAUCAAGGUAUGGGCCGUGCCUGUGAGCUCUGUGAAGUUGGUUCCUCGGGAGGUGCCGCUGCCGGUUGUCCGCGUUGCUUCCAUGUUUGCCAAACCUGAUCAGGACAAACUGACAAUUUCCUAUGCAGGCAGUGGCGGUUUUAUUGACAAGGACAGAGAAGAUGUCAUUAUGGAGAUGAGUGGAGCAGAGCCCGGCUGUCAGCACUAUGAACAGCUACGCUACAACAACAUGUGGUUCAAAAUGGGAGACUGCGUUUACAUCCAGUCACAUGGUCUGUCAAAGCCCCGGGUUGCCAGGAUAGAGAAGCUUUGGGUGAAGAACGGAUCUACCUUCUUCUUUGGGCCCAUCUUCAUCCAUCCCGAGGAAACGGAGCAUGAGCCUACAAAGAUGUUCUACAAGAAAGAAGUGUUCCUGAGCCAUCUGGAGGAGACCUUGCCCAUCACCUGUGUCAAAGGCAAAUGUAUGGUGUCCUCCUUUAAGGACUUCCUGUCAUGCAGGCCUACCGAGGUUCCAGAAGAGGAUGUGCUGCUGUGCGAAAGCCGCUACAUUGACACAGAGAAGCAGAUGAAAAAGUUCAAGGGUCUGAAACGCUUCUCCUACUCUUCCAAAGUGGUGGAGGACGAGGUCUUCUAUUUUAGGAAAUUGAUGGUGCCACAGAAGGAAGCAUCUCCCUUGUUGGACAAGAAGAUCAGUGAGCUUGAGGUCAAACUGGCAGAUAUAGAGGAUGAUGAUAUGGAAGACAUGGAGGACGACAUGGAUGCUCCACGGACGCCUUCUAUGCCUCAGAUGCAAACCCCUCUGACCAGCGAUAUGGACUCCAUCAAUUACACUCCCUCUCAGGCUACUCCCAAGGUGAAAGGCUUAUCCAAGAAGGAAGGGGCCAAAAGGAAGAUCAACAUGAGUGGGUAUAUCUUGUUCAGCAGUGAAAUGCGAGCGGUCAUCAAAGCUCGACAUCCAGACUUCUCCUUCGGGGAGCUGAGUCGCCUCGUGGGCACCGAGUGGAGGAACCUCGAGUCUACCAAGAAAGUGGACUAUGAAGAACGUGCAGCCAAAAUAGUGGAUCAACAGGAGCGUGAGAGACCCCACCCGAAGCAAGCGUCCCCUAGAGCAGGUACCCCUGUAGGGGCACUGAUGGGGGUGGUGGCUUCGCCUAGCACAAUGGGAAUGAUAAACCACAACAUGACACCUAUGUCAGGCAUGAUGGGAGCUUACGGCCACCCUUACAUGCCCAUGCAGGGCCCCCAUGAGGGCUUGUUGAGUGUGGCCACAAUGCCACCUCACGCAGGGGGUGGCCUCCUGCCUCUCCACCAUCUCCAGCAAGGUAUGCCUGGGUACCCCGGCAUGCCUCAUCAGGGUAUGAUGGGUGCUGGUAUGAAUGGCAUGGCAGGAAGUCCUUCUCAAGGAAACUUUAUGCAACAGCCCGGGAUGUUCAGCCCAGGACCACAAGCUCCUCCACCAUAUCCUGGACAGGGCCAGCUAGGCCAACCCUCACACCUGCAGCCAACCACUCCCAUGUUUGUGGCUCCACCACCAAAGACCCAGAGGGUGCUCCACUCAGAGGCCUACCUGAAGUACAUUGAGGGCUUGAAUUCAGACUCCAACUCCGUCAGCAAGUGGGAUCAAACCCUUAGAGCUCAAAGACGUGAUGCUCAUCUGACCAAAGAGCAAGAGAGCCGGCUGCCAGCCCACUGGCUGAAAAGCAAAGGAGCCCACACCACCAUGGCGGAUGCUCUAUGGCGCCUGCGUGACUUGAUGUUGCGAGACUCUCUGAACAUACAGGCAUACAACCUGUAACCUGUAGGACCGACCACUAUAAUCAGCUCACUCACUGCUCUUUUCCUCAGGCUAUAGAGUUUAAGAAGGAUCAUAGAUCUUAGAAGCAAUAUUUUAUAGUGAAUCAUGAUCAAUUUUAUAUUUAUUAGCUAAUAUAACGAGCUUGCUAGUUAUUUGUGUGUGCAUUUCCUUUUUUACCUUACUGGAUUAAUUGUGCUGCAAAACCAAUGUUCUUUUGUUUUACUGAUUCUACCAAAAUAAAAUUCAGAACACACUGUAAA